CCCCCGGGAGGGGGUGGGGCUCUGAGGUCGACUCGUCGUGACUGUCAGAGCUGAACAUUGAGAUCAUGUGAUCAUGAGGUCAUGAGGUCAUGAACUGAUUCAGUUUACAGGCUGUUAGGAGGCAAAGGGCCGUCGCUGAGAGGUUGAUGGUGUUUUAGUAUCUUGAUAUAAGUUCACACGUUCUGCAAGAAUUCACAAGAAAUGACAAGAUCCAAACUUUACGCAGCCAGGGUGCAUGAUGGGAUCUUUCCGGCGUCCCAGGCCUCGGUUUAUGAGUUCCCCGGUUCUGUCAGAUCUCGCCCGGUUCCACGCCAGCUCUCCGUCACUGCAGAUCUCCAACACCAGCGUGUGGAACAGUGUCCAGUCAGCUGUGAUCAAGGUGUUCCAGGGUGGAGCGCUGCAGACUAACGAGCUGUACACGCUUAACGAGAGCAUCAGGUGGCUCCUGAAGACUGAGAUGGGUUCCUUCAUCACUGAUUACUUUCAGAACCAGCUGCUGACUCGAGGUCUGUCUGAAGUCCUGGAUCAGGUCCUCCUUCACUCCGGGGACGACCAGCUGGUGGUCCUCGCCGACAUGUGGGACAGAUUCUUCACAGAGAUCCUGCCGACCAUGCAGGCCAUCUUCUACCCAGUCCAGGGUCAGGAGCUGACGGUGAGGCAGAUGACCCUGUUGGCCUUCAGAGACCUGGUGCUGUUGAAGCUCCACCUGGAGGAAACGCUGGGAACUGCAGCCUCCGUCCCUCCUCCUGUCACUCAGAUGCUGCUGGUGCUGCAGGGUAUCCACGAGUCCGGUGCUCCCAGUUUGGAGUACAACCAGUUGGAGCGUCUGGUGGAGGUCGUGGUGUCUCCGUAUCUCAGCAACGUUCUUCACAACAGGAACCAGCUCCUGUUGGAGCCCCGCCCCCUGAGGUCAUCGGGGUCCUUGCUGAGCGACCACUUCCAGCCGGAGAUCACCGUCACUCAGCACCACAGCUCCUCCUGCGACUCCUCGUCUCUGGCCCCGCUGGUGGAGCAGGAGGGCGAGGCCUACCUGGAGAAGUCCGGCGGCGUGCGGCGCCACACGGUGGCCAACGCUCACUCCGACUUCCGGCUGCUAUCGGCAUCCGGCAGGAUGCAUGCUGGGACGGAGAGGGACAACGGGGUGGGAGGAGAAGGAGGCGUGGGGUUUCUGUUGGGGGGCGAGCCGAUCAGUCCCAGGACGUUCUCCGGGCAACUGGACAUGGUGGAGUCUCCGAGAGGAGGAGGAGCCAUCUGCCUUCCUCAGAGCUAGCGACGAGGACACGAGGACAGAAGAUAAUAGGACAAUAUGGGAGUUAAAACACAUGAGGGAUCAGCCAGAAUGUGACGAGAUAAUAAACUACAGGAUGAAAGAGACACAAUGAGACAAGACAGACAACAACCAGUAACACAAGGAGACAAGGAAACAAGGAAACAGGAAACAGGAAACAAAAGAUAGGACAAGCCAUAGGAGGCAGAAGAAGACAGGAAAGGGUACAACCCGACAGGAAGCAAACAACAUGACUGGAGAAGCAAGAGACGGGACAGGAAACAGGACGGAGGACAGUGGGAGUGUCCCACAGCUCCCAGUUCAGGGUCUGUACUGGUCUGUACUGGUCUGUACUGGGAGGACCAUCUGAACCAGGGUCUCUUGGUGUUUCUAUGAACCAGGAUCAGGUUCAGGAUCAGGGUCUUCAGGUUUGUACUAACACUGAGGACAGAACCAGACUGCAGGUUCUCUUCAGGUCAUGUAAAUGUGAUUGUCUUUUAGGAUUGUUAAUGAUUAAUAAAGAUUGAUUCAAUUCAUAAUCAACUGUUUUUCCUC